ACUCCGCAAUUUUCAGGUUGAGGCAAUGGCUGUCGCACAAUGCAUUAUCCUUUAUGCGAUGGUUUUUCUAGCUUGGGGAAAGGAUGACGAUUGCACUUGCGAAUCGGCUAUUUUGUGGAUAAGAAACUUGUUUACUAACUAUAAGCUUUUUUGCCACGCCUCAUUUGAUUUCGCAGAGAAGAAGUGCAGAGACUACUAUAACGGACACCUAGCUUCGAUUCAUAGUGAAAAGGAAAACAACAUAAUACGCAAGUUUGCGCAAAAAGAGAGUGAUUACGUAUGGAUAGGUCUGAGACGGAAAGGCAACAGGUGGAGGGGAGACUGCGUUCGAAUGCUCGUUGACAAAGAUAACAAAAACCGUGGCAGAUGGGAGACUUACGACUGCAAGAAAUGGACACGAUUCUACGUUUGUAAAUUUAAGAAAGGACCAGAAACGGAGUUUUAA